AGUCUCCACUCUCGACGGCCACAAAGCACACCCAAGACGCAACGCAACGCCGACGCGGCCUAGGCUAGCUAACGACCAUAACUGCCCAGUGGCACCCGGGCUCGAUCGUCACCCGCUCAGCUUAUUAAGUAGCCCCGACGCCACCCGUACGCUGCCGAAGAACAGAAGCAAAUUAAAGCACGACACAUCCUCACGAGUCUCACCACUCACCACACGCAUAAGCGCGCGCGAGAGAGAGCAUCGAAGGGUCCAGCAUUGGCGAAAGCUCUACACCGUCCAGUCGUCUCGAUAUCCCACGGCUGGCUCACGUACUGCUCGCUACUCCCCUGGUUGGGAUUGGAGCUGGGACCUGGGAGGCGUCGAGUAAUCCAUGGCGGUGGCUGGGCCGUCCCCGACUGGGUCGCUGCCGCGGCUUCGCUUCUUCCUCUUCGUCCUCACGAUCUUCCUCACAGCCACAGCAGAUGAAGCGGUGGCAGCAGCAGGAUCAGGAGGGCUGUCGAUCGGGAUCAACUACGGGCAGAUCGCGGACAACCUCCCUUCGCCGUCCCGGGUGUCGUGGCUCCUCCAGUCGAUGCAAGUCAACAAGGUGAAGCUGUACGACGCGGACCCGAACGUGCUGAGCGCGUUCCUGGGCACGGGCGUGGAGUUCGUGGUGGGCAUCGGCAACGAGAACGUGUCGGCCAUGACCGACCCGGCGGCAGCCCAGGCAUGGGUCCAGCAUUACGUCGUGCCGUACCACAACCUCCCAAUUAGCACCACCACCACGACGCGCCGCACGAGGAUGAUCACCUGCGUCACCGUCGGGAACGAGGUGUUCAAGGGCAACGACACGUCCCUCAAGGCCAGCCUCGUGCCGGCCAUGCGCUCCGUGUACGGCGCGCUCGCCGCGGCCGGCCUCCAGGGCCAGGUGAACGUCACCACGGCGCACUCCCUGGACAUCAUGGGCAGCUCCUACCCGCCUUCCGCCGGCGCGUUCCGGCCCGACGCGGCGCCCUACAUGACCCAGCUCCUCGAUUUCCUCUCCACGACCAACUCCCCGUUCCUCAUCAACUGCUACCCGUUCUUCGCCUACAGGGACGACCCCAAGGGGGUGCCGCUGGAGUACGUGCUGUUCCAGCCGAACGCCGGGGUCACGGACCCCAACACGGGGCUCAACUACGACAACAUGCUGUACGCGCAGGUGGACUCGGUGUACGCCGCGAUCCAGGCGCUGGGCGGGCAGUACGCCGGUGUCGACGUGAAGAUCUCCGAGACCGGGUGGCCGUCCAUGGGCGAUCCUGAUGAAACAGGCGCCACGCCCGAGUACGCCGGGGUCUACAUCGGGAACCUGCUGCGGAGGAUCGAGGCCAAGCAAGGGACGCCAAGGAGGCCAUCGGUGCCCAUUGACGUCUACGUGUUCGCCUUGUUCAACGAGAAUCUGAAGCCUGGGCCGGCCUCCGAGCGGAACUACGGGCUGUUCUACCCUGACGGCACGCCGGUCUACAACGUCGGGUUGCGUGGGUACCUCCCGCCCGUGGAAGAUUCAGAUGGCACUCGAAAGGUGAUUCACUUGUUUGCCCUCAUCGCAAUGGCAUCUAUCACUCUCAUCUUGUCCUGAUCGAGAGUAUGCAUUAUUUGACCACCGCAGUAAAGCAGAUGAAGAUGUCCGGCCUGAGCAUCUCUUGGUGCUAGGGAUUUCACUAGCCGAUCACAAGGAGACCUUCGGAAGCAGAACCUUUUUCCUCCAUUGGUGUGAUGUUGGUAGCAUCCAGGAGCUGAAGUUGGCUCCAUACUGACAAUGAAGUAGAUCUGAACUAACUGCUUGGACAUAUGCUUCGCCAAUAUUUUUGUACAAACAACAUUGAUUUGAUAGGUUUUCUCUCGAUUCAUUCUGGAGAUAUCUUCUCUAUGAAACUGAAUAGUAGUACAAUACUUUAUUCGUAUACAAGUGGAACAGACAGGAGAUAAGAGAUAUAUAAAUUCAGGCAAAGGCUACAAAUUGUCACAUGUACUGUUCUUCC